GACUUGCGGUACCUGCGUUUGAGGCAUGCGUGCAGAACAGUGCCUGCAUGUGGCUCGAGGGUUUAUCGGACAGGCUGGUAAUAUCGAUGUUGUGCAGAUGUCAAAAUGAGAUAUAGUUCAGAUGCAGCAGGUGCAUUUAGUACCGCCGUGAGAUUCACGUCCUUCUUUCCCCUGUCUGCGCUUUGCACCUGGGUACAACAACCCACACCCCUUGUACUAUUCGCUUUGCUUUUGUCAAUAAUCGAGCCGGUCUCUUCAAUUAUAUUGCAUCACCUCCACCGACGGUCACGAAGUUCCGCCGUCCAUCACACCACGCCGCACUCAGCCUACAGUCACUACUCGCGCCCGUCACAUCUCCGAUCGAGAUUCCACGAGUCGCUCCCAUGCAAUAGCCGCAAUCCUUCGGCUCCUUCUUGUAUCAUUUCUCAUCGCCAGCCUGGAGCUUGAUAGGAUCGCUAUAAUUGAUUGAACGUCUGGUUACGUUUGCAUCGCCAUAUCACUCAACAUCCAACAAAACGUAGACCGUCGGUGCUUUUUGCGGC